CCCCUCCAUCCCCGGCUCUCCUGUGUCUCCCCUCCCCCCGCGCGUCUGGUCCGGCUGGGUUCAGCAGAGCGGGCUGUGGGCAGCCCCUCGGCGGAGGUUGUGUGAAUGGAGGAUCGGCGUGGCUGACUCCUCCUCCCCUGCAAGCGCCUCUAUUUGAGCUUUGCAAAGUUGAGGGCGAGCAGGCAUCCGAGGUGAGGCGUGCGCGGCGGCUGUGCCCUCCUAGCUCGGACAGGCGGACAUUCGUACAGACAGACACACACGCGCGCUCACCGCACCCGGCCCUGCGCCGCGAGCGGGGUGCAAGCCCGGAGGCGAUCCUGGAGAACAACCUUUCCCUGUCGCUGCUGCCGGCUCCCGCAGGGCUGGACCCGGGGAGCUGCGUCGCGGAGCAAACUUCCCCCAAAGGGCUGAGCUCGCCGGCCUGGUGCCUGCAGCCGGAGCCGGCCUCCGGCUUGGCGGGCAGGGGCCAGGUGUCUUGGAACAAGUGCGGCCCGGGGGGAGACUGGCUGCCCGGCGGCAGGCAGAAGGUCUGCGAGCAGAUGGGCUCCGACGUCCGAGACCUCAACGCGCUGCUGCCCUCCGUGCCCUCCCUGCCGGGCAACAGCAACUGCACCAUGCCGGUGAGCAGCGCGGCGCAGUGGGCGCCCGUGCUGGACUUUCCCCCGGGGGCCUCCUACGGCUCGCUGGGGCCGCACUCCUUCAUCAAGCAGGAGCCGAGCUGGAACGGAUCGGACCCGCACGAGGAGCAGUACCUGAGCGCCUUCACCGUGCACUUCUCCGGCCAGUUCACGGGCACGGCCGGGGCUUGCCGCUACGGGCCCUUCGGCGCCCCGCCGCCCAGCCAGCCGCCCUCGGGCCAGGCUCGGAUGUUCCCCAACGGGCCCUACCUGCCCAACUGCUUGGAGAGCCAGCAAGCCAUCCGCAACCAGGGUUACAGCGCCGUGGCCUUUGACGGGACCCCCAGCUACGGCCACACGCCGUCCCACCCCGCCGCUCAGUUCACCAACCACUCCUUCAAACACGAGGACCCCAUCAGCCAGCAGCCCUCCCUAGGGGACCAGCAGUACUCGGUGCCUCCCCCGGUGUACGGCUGUCACACGCCGACCGACAGCUGCACGGGCAGCCAGGCGCUGCUCCUCCGGACGCCCUACAACAGCUGCAAUUUUAGUCCUAACCCUACAUCUUUUCACAACAGUGACAAUUUAUACCAGAUGACCUCACAGCUCGAAUGCAUGACAUGGAAUCAAAUGAACUUGGGAUCCACACUGAAAGGACACACAGCGGGAUAUGAAAAUGAGAACCACAGUGCUCCCAUGUUGUACAGCUGUGGGGCCCAGUACAGAAUACACACCCACGGGGUCUUCAGAGGCAUACAAGAUGUCCGGCGUGUGCCCGGGGUGGCUCCCACCAUCGUGCGGUCGGCGAGCGAGACCAACGAGAAGCGUCCCUUCAUGUGUGCCUACCCUGGCUGCAACAAGAGAUACUUCAAGCUGUCCCACUUGCAGAUGCACAGCAGAAAGCACACUGGUGAGAAACCUUAUCAGUGUGACUUUAAAGACUGUGAACGAAGAUUUUCUCGUUCAGACCAACUCAAAAGGCACCAAAGACGACACACAGGUGUGAAGCCCUUUCAGUGUAAAACCUGUCAGAGAAAGUUCUCCAGAUCUGAUCAUCUGAAGACUCAUACCAGGACUCAUACAGGUAAAACAAGUGAAAAGCCUUUCAGUUGCCGGUGGCCCAGCUGUCAAAAAAAAUUUGCCAGGUCUGAUGAAUUAGUUCGUCAUCACAACAUGCACCAGAGGAACAUGACUAAACUGCAGUUGGCCCUUUAGACAGUUCAAAAGAGUGAAAAAACCAGAUGGGACAUUAUAAGCUACUGCAAACUUUCUCAGCCAUCCUCGAUCACCUCUGUCAGAGAGCUGCAGCUGCCUUCGCAUCCUAUCUGACACAAGUUAACUAAAACGUAGGAUUCUGCUCAGCCUGCCCUUCAUUUGGAGCUGCACAAGUUCCUAGGCAAUAAGUUCAAGAGAUUUUUACUUGUGGUUUUGUACAAAAGUAGGCAAGACUGCCACAGUUUCAAGAUUACUAUAAACUGUGCUCAGCUUUCAUGUCCGUCUCCAGCUUUUUUGUGUUAUUUUCACUUGAACUUUUCCAGGUACAAAUUGCUGUACCUUUUUAAUUCCUGCAGUGGGUAGGAUGAUUCCUCCCUGUUGAAGGUCAGCUCCACACUUACAUCACCCCUGCAUAUGCUGAGGCUCCUGAAUGCUAGUACAGCUUUCCUCACAAGAUGAAGGAACAGUCACCUGAGACACUUCUGGUAACCUUUGCACUGCCCAGGGGCAGCCUUUUAGAGUUGGAAGCUCUGCUUUUGAAAUUUCACAAGUCAAACCUUUUUUUAAAGGUUGUCUUUCUAGAGCAGCUAAAGCCAGACGAACCAGAGCCUCUUUGUACAAAAAAAUAAGAAUCUUACCAUUAAGUUAACUUGGUUUUUAAAGAAUUGCAUAACUGAACUCUUCAAACUGUUUUGUUUGUCAAUUAGCUCUCUCCUUCUCUCUCUCUCUUUUUAAUGUAUUGGUUUAAAUUUAUUCUAUCAUGAGAUGCACAGAUCUCCUUUACACAAAACUAAUUUCAAUCAUUGUAGACAUUUGGGAUUUGUUUACAAUGUAAAGCCACACUGGUUAUGUGGCUAGCAAGCUGUAUAAACUUAAAACUGAACUUCUAAUGGGGCUGGUCCAGGAUCUCCAUUAACAGAUUACUCUUAAGAUAAGUAACUUAAAAAAGACUCUUCGUCAAGUAUAUGUGAAAAAGACAUUAUUAGUGUAAGGAAAUAUAUUAUUUCAGGGUUUUGGGAGGAGGGGUUUAUUAUUUACUUUUAAUUGCUUGAAAUUGUGUGUAUAUAUAUAUAUAUCUGAUAAUGUAUUGCUCUUAGACAUCUCCAACUAGAAAAUGUAUAAAUAUUAGAAGCAUCACUGUUCUGAUGUUGUUGCUGUUACAAACUAUUGAUAACACUAAGAAUGUAACCUGCAUUUUUCACUGAGCUUUCAAUUAAAGCCCAUUCAAAGAGAAACAAA